AUGAUCAUUUCUGCCUAUAUAGAACUUUGUUGUGCCAAUAGUAGAAUAUUUGACAAAUUGAUGCUGGUCUUGUUGGCAAGUGCCGCCUUAGUGGCUGCUGAUGUGUCACCUUUUAAUAACGAACUUGAUCAGGGUUAUGGUUAUCCUCAUCACGAACAUCAUGAACAUCACGAACAUCAUCAUGAAGAGGAAUCGGCUCAUGGUUAUGGUUAUGAUUAUCCUCAUGAAGAGGCGUCAGCUCAUGGAUAUGGCUAUGAUUAUCCCAAGCCAGAACAACCAUUAGAAUUGCCCAAACCCACCUACUUGCCGCCAGAGACACCCAAGCCUACUUACUUGCCUCCUGAAACACCAAAGCCCACUUACUUGCCCCCCAAGCCAGUGCCCACAUACUUGCCUCCUCCCACAACUACCACAACAACUACAACUACCACCACUACUACCACUACACCUAAACCAACAACAACCACUACUAAAGCUACACCAGCACCCACCUACCUUCCUCCUCCACCACCACCAUCUCCACAACCCACCUACUUGCCUCCUCCACCACCACCAAAACCCACUUAUUUGCCACCUAAACCUGUAACCACCAACACUACCACUACUACCACACCACGUCCUGAAACACCCAAACCCACUUACUUACCACCUCCUCCUCCACCACCACCACAACCUACUUACUUGCCUCCUGCUCCUGAGUAUUGCCUCCCGCUCCCAAACCCACUUUCAAAAUACCCAUUCCCUCAUAUGAUGCUUGCUCCCCUCGAACCAGAGCCUGAACCUGUUCCCGAAACUUUGCAGGAAGAUGGUUAUCACUAUGAGGCUCCCGCUGCAAAAUUUUUCUUCUAAAAUAAUUCAGUUAUUGAACUGAAGUGAAGACUGAGUAUUAGAACAAUUUUUUUUUUUAGAAUUUGGCUUUUUGAAAAUUCUCUCGAGGAUGAAGAAGACGAAAAAAA